UGUGACCCGCGACAUGGCAAGUACAUGGCAGUUUGUUUGCUUUUCCGUGGUGAUGUGGUACCAAAAGACGUCAAUGCUGCAAUUGCAACGAUCAAAACGAAACGCAGCAUCCAGUUUGUGGAUUGGUGCCCAACCGGAUUCAAAGUUGGAAUCAACUACCAGCCUCCAACCGUUGUUCCGGGCGGAGACCUCGCCAAAGUAUCAGAAGCAUGGGCCAGACUGGACCACAAAUUUGACUUGAUGUACGCCAAGCGAGCGUUCGUGCAUUGGUAUGUUGGUGAAGGAAUGGAAGAAGGCGAAUUCUCAGAGGCACGCGAAGAUCUUGCAGCUCUGGAAAAAGACUAUGAAGAGGUUGGUGUGGAUUCGAUGGAGGAUGCAGGUGAAGAGGGAGAGGAGUACUGA